AUGAAGAGCUUGAAAGCCCCAGGACCGGAUGGAAUGCCAACCUUGUUUUACAAGAGAUGUUGGGAAACUGUUGGAGAAGAGGUAACUCAAACCAUUCAAAAUGUUUUCACUUCAGCAACUCUUCCUAUGGAGCUAAAUCACACAAACAUCGUGCUGAUUCCAAAGGUAAAACAUCCUACAAUCCCAUCUGAGUAUAGACUUUUAGCUUUAACCGAUAUUAUCUAUAAGGUUAUAACUAAGAUUCUGGCUCAAAGGCUUAAAGGGCAUCUAGACAAGCUGGUGGAUAAAAAUGAACUACUUCUUUUUGGCACUUUAGACAAUCAGACAAUACAUACUCUUCUACAGAUUCUUCACAUAUAUGCUGUUUGGUCUGGAAAAACUACUAAUAUGCAGAAAUCAGCUGUCUACUUCAACAAAGGUGUUCAAAGGCACAGAAGAAUUGAAGUUGCUACUUUAUUGGGUGUAAAACAGAUGGAGUACACUGAUAAAUACUUGGGACAUCAUCUACUUAAACCAAAUCACCUAAAUUCCUCAUUUGAUUCUCUUGAAGACAAGUUUGUGACAAAAACAGCUGGUUGGAAGAGAAUUCAUUUGCCCGACGCAUGUAGAACCAUGCUGAUCAAAACUGAACUUGGGCUUAUUCCCCCUUUUAACAUGGCUACUUCACUCCUUCCCAGAAAAACCUUAGCACAUCUGAUAAGAAUAGUGAGAAACUUCUGGUGGGGUCACGACAAGGAAGUCCAGAAAAUGCACUUCAUAAGAUGGAAUCAAUUUGAGCUCGAAAAAGAACAAGGAGGGUUGGGAAUUAGGCCGCUAAAGAAUCUGAAUAAUGCAAUGAUAGCAAAGCUGGUCUGGAAAUUCUUAGAUGAUGAAUAUUGCAUAUGGGGGAAGAUUAUGAAAGCAAAGUAUGUGAAGAAUGGCAAUUUUUGGGAGAUCAAAAAACCCACCAGUUGCUCAGCUACUUGGAACGCUAUGUUGUCAGUUAGAGAAGAUAUGAGAGAUGGAUGUUGUUAG